GACGCGCGCCCCCGCUAGGCCGCUGAGCCGCGCGCGCCCCGGGGCCUCCGCGCCGCUGUCCCCGCGCCCCGCCGUCGGCUCGGGCUGAAAAGUUUCUCCAUGCUUCCUUUGUGUCACCCGAGCGCCCGCGCCCUGCCCGGCAGGAGGAGGUGGAGGAGCAGCUAGCGGGCAGCUGGCGGCCCCCCUGCACGAGCGUCCGCCGGGCCCCCGGGGCCAGCCCCACACUCCACGAACUGGCCAUGAUCGCCACCGGCGGCCUGCUGAGGAUUUCCGCCCGGAAGCAGGAUCCCUUGCGCACCCCGGGCCAGGUGCCCAAGCGGAAGCGGAAAGCUAAGAAGAGGCGCAAGAACGACGUGGUAGUGGUGAAAGGCAAGCUGAAACUGUGCUCCAUUUCGGGCCUCAUCGCCCUGUGCGGAAUCCUGGUGCUGCUAGUGGGCAUUGCCCUGGCCGUGGUGGGCUACUGGCCCAAAGCCAGCGGGGCCGCCCGGGAGGGGGGCAGGCAGCCGCCCCCAGCGGGCACUGGGCACAGCGCCCCAGCCAAUGGCAGCGGCCAGGCACCCUCGGUGGGCGCCCCCUCCAGUGCCAUGGGAGCGCCCCGAAGCACACGUGCGCCCGGCCGGUCCACGCCUGCACCCGUAGGCUUCUUCUUCCGCAUCUUCUCGGGCUACCUGCACUCAGACAAGCUCAAGGUCUUCGGGCCGCUCAUCAUGGGCAUUGGCAUCUUCCUCUUCAUCUGCGCCAACGCCGUGCUGCACGAGAACCGCGACAAGAAGACCAAGAUCAUCAACCUUCGGGACCUCUACUCCACCGUCAUCGACGUGCACAGCCUCCGCGCCAAGGAUCCGGCCGCCGCAGCCGCCGCCGCCGCCGCGCCCGCGCCCCCGGGCCCCGCGCCGCUCAACGGCUUCCUGGGCCGCUUGCAGCCGCGCGGCCUGGAGCGGACGCCGGGCGGCGCGGGCGACGCCUUCGGAGCGGCGGCGCUGCUGGCUCGUGGCGCGUGGCGCCCCCGCGCGGCGUCCCCGCCAGACCUGGCCUCCUCUCCGCGCCGCCCGCCCGAGCCCCCGAGCCUGGCUGAGGCAGUGUACAGCAUCUGGCGCGAGCGCGCCGGGGUGGCCGGCCAGCGCCGGACCGCGGCUCCCACGGCCGCCAGCGGCUGCAGCAGCCCGGCGCCCUGCAGCCCUCCCGGGAGCUGGGAGCGCCCGAGCACCGCCAGCUCCCUCGUGGGCUCCUCGCUGAGCGCCUUCGCGCUGCUGCCCUUGCCUGGGGACCGCGAGCGGGACGGGGACGCGGAGGGCGCAAGCUGCAGCUGGCGGAGGUCGCCCGGGGAGCGUGGCUCCUCGGAGCUCCCGCGGGGCGGCGCGCUCGACCUGAGUCUCACCGACCUCCGCGGCGCCGAGGGCGGCGCGCCCUGGGGGCACGGCGCGCCCGAGGAAGUCGAGGGCAAGGAGGCGGCGCACAUCGCGGGAGGCCAGGGCGGCCGCCUGCCCAGGACCGUCAGGUUCGCGUCCCUGAGGCGCCGCAGCAUCAGCGGGCUCCCGGACUUCCGCGCACCGCCGUCGCCGGAGCCGCCGCCCUCCCUGAGAGUCGCGGACCCGGGCUCCACCCAUUCCAACUCGGCCGCCUCCCCCUUGACUCCCCUGCGCCUGGAAGAAUCGCCCUGUGCCAGCAGGCGGGACUCACAGAGCUCACAGUCCGAUGACCCGUCCAGCAGCAGCGAUAAGGGCUACACCCCGCUGCAGGAUGCCGGCACCUCGCUGGAGUCAGUGGUGGACUCAGUGGCCAGUCACAAGCAGGACUGUACGACAGCCUCUGAUAUGGAGAGUGAGCAAAGCCACUCGGAGGGUCCCAGUAAAGAGCCACUGGAGACCCAAACACCCCAGCCUGUGCAGAGGCAGUUUACAAAUAAGGAGAAACUCUUCAUGAUUUCCAGGUCUCGUGCCAUAGGGGCAGAAGAAGAAGAAGAGGAGGAGGAGAGUACUGGCGACUAGGGAGAGGACAGCAGAAGAAGGCCAGAAUCGCCCACUUCCAUCAGUGCAUUAGCAGCCCCUCGACGCCUUUGCGGACUGAUCCGAGGACAUCAUUCCAUAUCCAAAGAGCUGCCGAAUGUUAUCCUUGAGUUGUGUUCACAAGAUUCCUGUAGAUUACUCCAAGCAAUUUUUUUUUUAAACAAAGCAAUCUAGUCUUUUUAUGUCCGAUGGUGAUUGUAUGGUCCUUGAAAACCAAAUGUAUUCACAAGGUCAGCAAUCUAGUUCCUCAGAUAAAAAGGAAAUCUCUUAAUUUUCUUAGAAUCAAAAUAAUAUAUUUUUGACAGUAACUGUGCACUUUACUCGAAUCUUUUUUGGGAAUACCUAAAUUUCCUAACCCCUAUGUUCCACCACAGGUCUCCUCUAUAGCUGCUUGCAAAUGAGAAGCUUGUAUUUUUCCUCCCUUUGCGGAGCACAGAAGCCCAGCUCUCUCUGAGUUGAUCUUUCUAUAUGAAGUCCAAGCCAAAUUGAGGCAAGAGUGUGCCCCUUGUCCUCCCACACUCUGCUCAUGCACUGUCUUUAUUUUUCAAAAGGGUAUUUGCAUUUUACUUACUACUAGGGUCUGGUUUCCAGACUGGAAGGCAGUAACAGCUAGCUGGGUUGCCACAUUCCCGAGCUCACAACAUGAACCAAUUCAUGCUUUAUUGAGUAUUCUCACACCUGUGUAUUGAAAAAUAGCAUUAAUAUUUAAAAUUCUUUGAAUAAAAGAAGUUUCCAAACAAUUCAACAUAACUUUGCUUUUUUUUUUUUUGCCUGAGAACUAACACUUUUAACAUUUAUCUGUAAAUCUGGUAGUUUAAAUAUCUGGUAAAUCUAAAAUAUCUGUUAAAUCUCAAAUAUGUUGCUGUGACAUUGCUACUAUGUCUUCUGUUAUCUUCUCCCAAAAUAUGAUUACAUUGAUUACCAAUAUGUUUUUAACUUAAAAACAGAAAAGUAGUACAACACAUUUGGGGGUUUCUUUUUCAAGUAGAAUGAAUUUUUACAUAGCACAUUUCUUUAAUAGGUUACCUAGCACAUUUCCAUAAUAUUUCUAGUUAACCUCAGAAUAUUAACAUACAGAGCUAAAGGCCUACUAUUCUUUUUCUUAGCCUCUUGGAUUUUGCUAUCUGAUUUUGAUGCUAUCUAAAUUUAUGAUCUUAACUAUAGGCAAAAAGGUAAUGUUUCAGUACGUUAGCAGACUUUGUAUUUGAUGCUUUUGACAGUCUUUUGAUUUGUAAGAAGAGUUGAUGAAGAAUUAAUUUAAAUCCUGGUGUCUCUCCUUUCCUGUGACCUGGGAAUCUUGGCAAUGGUGUCGCCUUCCUUUGGCCAUUUGGAUGCAAGCUCAGGGAGCCUGACUGUCCUGGUGGACUGUGAAGGGAAACCAGUGAAAAAUGCAGUCCCAGUGGAGCAGCUGGUCCUGCAGAGUACAGAUCCAGGACUAAGGGUGGAUCCCAGCUCUGGGCGAAGGCCUACGAGUGUCACCAACACAGAGUCUCAGUGGCUGCAGCCAUGAGACCAUGAUUGGUUGCAGCCAUGAUUACUACCCCACCAUGCAUGCUGUGGAAGAACUGGCCUUCCCUGGCCUCACCUUGGCUGAAAUCUGGACUAUCCACUCAUUAUUGGAAUAACCUUAGUGAAUCACUUAAUCUGGGCCUCUGCUUCGUGAUGUGAUCUCUGUGAUGGCCUUCAACUCUAAAUGCUUUACUGAAGUUCAGGGUACUGGUUUCAGCCGAUAGACAAUCAAUCAUAUUUGCACAUAACAGCAAGGAGUGAGUAUACCUCAUCAAUUCCCACUAGGGUACCAUUCCAUAAGAAAUUUUUUAAAGGUUUCAUUUUUUUCUCUCAGAUUGGAUAUGUGUUGGGCUAAAAACUCACUUUAAAGCUCUUGACUAAUUUGUUGAGCUCUUCUAUGGAGCAAAAGUGGGUUUACACUACUAAGAAUGACAGAAAAGGACCUUCCGGUAGUAUUGCAUUUCAGCAGUAGAGUAUAUUUUCACACUUCCAAGCAACAGCAAGAACAACAAAAGUAAAUUUCCCUAUGUUUUCUCCUCCAUUACCCUGCAUAAUGGGUAAUUUGAGAGAAUAUGUCAUAUAACAGGAAAACUGCUUCUAGCCCUCAGACGAUGAACUCAAAUGACAUUUGGCAAAUAAUCAGGCCACCUCUUAACUGAAGAGAGGUGAUCAGAAUAAUACUUACCCUACAAACUUCAAAAAAAUUCAGUCUAAACCUCUGUCUAUACUGCAUGAUUCUGAUUGCCUGAUAAUAUUGAUCGGAUUAAAUAUGUAAAUCCUUCUGGCUUUUGCUGCUCUCAUCCACAAGGCCCCCUGAAAUGAAAUAACUCCAGCAAACUUUGUUUACCAUCAAGUUAUAACUAUAUUAGUCAAUGAGCAAUUUAACCAGAUUUUCUUUCUCUCUCUCUCUCUCUUUUUUUUUUUUUUUUGACCCAAGAUUAAAUAAAAAGUUAAAGCUCAGUUUUCCACAUCUUGGUAGGAGUCUGGGAUUUCCAUAUACUACUUCAGGCGAAACUUCUGCAGUUCUGAUUAUAGGAACUGACUGUCCUAACUUUCAUAGGAGCAGAAAGCUUACUCGAUAGUAAUGUUAAGUUUUACUCACUUUAACUUAGGCCAUGUACUAUUCCUCCAGGUUUACAUGCAGUUCUGCUGAGGUAGGAUCAUUAUUACUCCUAUUCUAUGAGAAAGAUAGCAAAGUCAGAGAGAUGGACUAUUUCCUUAGGAUGAUCCCACUGGUAAAUGACAAAAAAAAGGGUUUUCACGGUUUUCGAGAUUAUGUGGUCCUGCUAGCAGAUGUGGAGAUAGAUAAUGUUUGUGUUUCCAGAGACCUUUACAAUACUGUCUCCGAAUUGUCCCGCUAGGUCCCCUGCCAGAACCAUCCUUAGUGCUAUGCAGACAAAUAUUAGAACUUGCAAUCAGGUUAAAAGCUGAAGUUUGUGUUGCAGCCUUUGGGCUGCAUAAGCAAGUUUUCUUUUCUCUAAAUGAAUUUUUUGUGCACAAUCAAUAGGAAUCUUCGAAGGCAUGGGACCCUACUUGUACUUAUAAAUGAGAGUACUAAGAUUUAGGAAGACAGAGCAACCUGUUCAGAGGCAAACAGCAGUGGUAGGAUUAUUCUGUUGACAUAAUUGCAGUAAUUGGCAAGAGAUUUUUUUUUUUUUUUUGUACUGGGGAUCAAACUCAUGACCUAGCACUUGCCAGGUAGGUGCUUAUGCCAGUGAGCUAAACCCCCGGGCCAGCAAGAGACUUUUUACCCCUGAGUGUCAUGUACUAGCUGAUUGGUCAUGGACCACCUACUUAGUUUCUCUGUGUCUCAGUUUUCCUUCCAUGCAACAAGAUUAAAGAUGAUUUCUAUGGCACAGGAUUGCAACGAAGAGUAAAGAAAUUAAUGUCUGUGUAAGUGUUUAUCACAGGUGUGGCUCAUACAGUGUUAUCAAAGUUUUGUUAGUUUUGUUUCAAGUAAAAUCAACUGCUAAAAAGAAUAUUUUAGUAUGGGCUUCCUUUUUAUCAAUAGAAGAAAUUUAGGUUUAAAAAUAGAAUCCAUAAGGCAAUCCCCGGAGUGUGACUCUGAGGAAUUACACAGUGCUAGACCUGGGAUCUACGUCUAUGAGAUGGAAAUAAUAAAUAGCACUGGACUCGUAGGAUUAAUUAGUCACAUGAGGUCCAAAUGUACAUAAUGGAUUGGAAAGCUAAUGUACAUAAAGGAUUGGAAAACAAUUUCUGGCAGACAAAACAUUCAGUAAAUGUUAAGCACUAUGACUGAGGUAAAUAGUAGGUUAAAUUUUUAACUCAAUUAGUAGGGCAUCCAUAAAUCUACUGUACUGAGAAGUCUUAGUAACUCAGUUCAGGGUAGGGAAAGACCAUGACGGCCAAGGUCUGGUGCUGCUGCAGUGUCCCCAGCAGAGCCCAAAGGAGUGUCUAGGACUAGAGGUGUCUGACCUGUGGGAUGAUAUGUGCACCCACAGUGGGGUAAGAGGGACUCGCUGGGCUGGCCACGCUGACCCCAUGUCCACAGACUGAAGCUGGUCUUGCCAGGAGGGCCUGCGUGCUCCAAGAUCCCAGACCUCAUCAGAAUAUCCUGAAGCAAAGACAGGUGAUCUACUGAGAUACUUAAGUUCUUUGGGCAAAAGUGUUUUCCAUUCUUCCUGUGAGUCGUUUUGAGAUUCUCUUCAAGACAUAAUUUUGAAACUUUAUUUUACUUCUUUUUUUGGGGGGGGAGCUAGAGAACUUAAAAAAGAAAUUUCUUGUGCCAUAAGAUGAAUACAAAUUAAAGAUAUGAUUUGCAUUUUUGAAAAGGAUAGUAUCUGAGCUAAGAUAUAAAAAUACAUUUUAGUCUUGUGAUUUAUAAAUACUAUCUCCUUGUGUUAAGGGUGAUGAGGUGGAUUUCUAUUAAUAACAAAUAAAGAAUGGGAAUGUUAUCUAUGGA